UGAGACGCCGGCCCCAUGGCGCCCCGGCCCCGCAGGCCCCGGCGGGAGGCGGCCGCGCUGCCCGGCCUGGCCUCCUCGCUGUGGGCGCUGGUGCUGCUGGCCGGGCUGCUGGUGGCCUUCUGCAGUCAGCUGGCCGCCGGCACCUGUGAGAUCGUGACCCUGGACCGGGACAGCAGCCAGCCCCGGAGGACCAUCGCCCGGCAGACGGCGCGCUGCGCCUGCAGGAAGGGGCAGAUCGCGGGCACCACGAGGGCGCGGCCCGCCUGCGUGGACGCUCGCAUCAUCCGGACGAAGCAGUGGUGUGACAUGCGGCCGUGCCUGGAGGGCGAAGGCUGCGACCUGCUCAUCAACCGCUCCGGCUGGACCUGCACGCAGCCCGGCGGGCGCAUCAAGACCACCACGGUCUCCUGACAGACGCCGGCCCACAGGGCGGAGGGCCUGGGCACCCGACAGGCCGCCAACACCCCUCUGCCAUCGGCGCCUCCGUUUCUCACAGCCCGACCCGGACGGACGGACGGACGGACAGCCGCGUCCCGGGCCUUGUGAGCGCAGUCUCUGGCUGCGCGAGGAGUCCCGCCCCGGACGCAGUGGGGGUGCCCCAGGCCCCCCACCACCGGCCUCGCCUGCCUUCCCGGCCAGACCUGGCUGCUCCCCCCGCCGAGGAGCCGGAGGAGGAGGAGGAGGAGGAGGAGGAGGAGGAGGAGCCGGAGGAGGAGGAGGAGGAGGAGGAGGAGCCGGAGGAAGAGGAGGAGGAGGAGGAGGAGCCGGAGGAGGAGGAGCCGGAGGAGGAGAAGGAGGAGCCGGAGGAGGAGAAGGAGGAGCCGGAGGAGGAGGAGCCCUGGGGCUGUAGCCGGAGGCGGACAGCCAGCCUGGAGGACGGACUGGGCGCCCGGACUGCCCGAGUCGCUUCUAUUUUCUUACCUGCAGUUCACUCGAUAGACCAAAGAGCAAAUCUGUUUUAACGCGGACUCGCCCCACGCCCAGCCCGGGCCACGGGGGCGGGCACGGACAUGCCGGCGGCCGCCCUCGAACACUGCGGGCGCCCGGAGCCGGGCGGC